CAGAGGAAGCUCAAAUCUGCAAAACAUGACACUGUCGUCACUUGAGCUCCGUUUGUUUGAGACACUGUUCGCCUAAUUUAUCAACAGCUGCAGCUUAAAGACGGUAAACAUUAGCCAACAGCGGAGAUGGACUCAACGGAGGACUUGUCUGCUCGGGUCCUGCUGAGACGUAUUCUCACUACCGAGACACCCAGGACUCCAAUCACCCGCAGUACCUCAGAAAAACAGGAUACCAGCGAGAUCCGGCGCAGUGCCAGAUUAAGCAAGAAAGAUGCUGGUGGCCAAACCCCACAGGGCAUCUUACGGCGAAGCCUGAAACAUAAGUUACGUGAGAGUAUAUCCAAGACAUCUCCGGUGCCUGUUAAAAGGAGAACCACUGUGUUCAGAAAUACACUUGAGUCUGCCCGGGCCUCAGAGCUGUUUGAUGAGGGAGACACACCAAGGCACAUACUGAUGAACAUACUGCGGACAGAGCCUGUGAGGUCCCCUGUUAUUCAUGAGAAAGCUCCCUCAGAAGAGCCACAGCCACCGUCAGCCAACUCCAGCAUUACCAACAGGCAUUAUAGUAUUGAGCUGUCAGGGUUGGAGCUGUCUGAUGUAACCAUUGGUGCUGCAGCAAGCACCGCAAGGGGACUGGGCAAAAAGAGACCACGUCGCAGCCUCAAUGUAACUGCUUUUGAAAAGCGACUUCAGGAUGGAAUUGAUGUUGAAAAUGAAGAAUCAAGAGAUGACCAUUCAUCACUUUCUUUGUCAAGUUCCACUUCACUGAAUCUGAAAACACCGUUUGUGGAUGUUCACACUGAGAAAAGAGGCCUGCAGAGAAGGGUUCCUAAUGGUCGCAAAAUCACAGUGGAGGAAUUUGGCGCUAAGCUGCAAAUGGAAGGGUUGGAUAGCAUUGCACCAGUGGAGCGGACUCUCAGUGAGACCACCCAUUUGGAGGGCUUCACCUUAGGGCAGACCAAGCUCAGUGAACCUGAUCUCACAAUUGACAUCAUCAACUGUGACACAAAGAACUAUGACCAGACUGAUGGCAUGACAUCCAACUCUUCCAUUGUUGCAACGCAGGACAAGCCCACCGUAAUGGCAUCUCAGCUUCAGAGAGAGAUGAGCGACAUGGAGCAGGAGGAGCAGUUGGAAGUGGAGCAGAGCCGGCUGGAGAAGGAGAAAUCUGCGGAUCUGUUUCAAACAGAAGAGGGAUCUGUGGCAGAACCUCAAGAUGAAGAGUGUGUUUCUCAGUCAGAGAAAGAGGGUACAGCUGAUUGUCAACCUGAAGAUGCUAUAGCCAUGUCUGAAUCUGAAGAUGCAGCUGAAUCUCAAACUAAUGAAAGGGAUGAUACAGCUGACUCUGAGGAAGAGGAAAACAGAGUGGAAUCUCAAACAGAGGAGGAAGGUGCAGCCGAUUCUCAAACUAAAGAGGGUGUUGCACCUAGUUCUCACACUGAGGAAGAGGAGGAUGCUGAGGAAAGUCAAAGUGAUCAGCAGGAUCCUGCAGGAAAUUCUUUAUCUGAGGAAGAAGGUGGCGUAGCUGAUUCUCAGACUGAAGAUGAGAAUGAUGGAGAACAGAAGGAUGAACACAUCAGCCGAAGGGCUCAUCACUCUGAGGGUGGACUCAUUAUGGCUGUUACAGAGGCAGAGGGGGAUUUAGCAGACGCCAAAGAGGCAGGAUGGUCUGAAGGCAAAUCUAAAGCACACAGUGCCAGUGAUUUACACAGUGGACUGGAAAUGGGAGGCCAUGAGAGCAAUCAGCUUCUUACUGGGAUGUCUGACUUGGCUGAGUCCUUAGCUGAAGGACUUGAGCAGAAUGAUGUCUCUAAGACAGAGGAAGAACCUGAUGCUGAAAAAGAGAACUUUCCUCCUCCGGAGCUGACGGAAGAUAUCGUAGACAGCGACCGUCUGAGUGACGCUGCACCUGAAGAGGCUGCAGCCUCGGACACUGCUGAACAGGAGGAGGAGUGGGAAGAUGAAGAAGAUGAUGAGGAGAGUGAGGAGAGUGAUGAGAUCCCCAUGAAGACUCCAGCAUUUGUCAAAGAGAAAAGGAACUUUUUCCUCUCUGAUCCUCUGGCCUCACCUACUGCUUUUAAGAAUAUUCAAGCCGGUGAUGAAGGUUUACCUCCUGCUAAAGAAAAGCAGGUGCGACAGAGGAAAACUGGAGCAGCUAAGACGAAAACAGCCCUUCCCAAGAGCUACCUUAUGAAUGUUUUCAAACACUUUGCCAAAACAAAGGUCUCUGCGGAUGUUUACCCUGUCCUACAACAGACAAUGGACUCAUACUUUGACCGCCUGGCAGACGACUUGGAGACAUACGCUGUUCAUGCAAAGAGAAAAACCAUAGAGGUUGAAGAUGCUGUACUCCUAUUAAAAAGGCAGGGUUAUGUGAACGAUAAGGUGCCGGUAGAAGUGCUUAUUGAAAAAUAUCUUCGCAUGGAUCAGCGAAAGCUCCUGAUCCCCAUCGCAACCAGUGGAAAUGUUGUUAUCCCUAAAAAGCGGAGAUGAAUUCCUUGAAAACAGCUACAUUUGUGGUUGUUGUCUGGGCAUCUCGUGGACUGCUACACAUUUUAAUUACAAUGCAUUUGAGUUUGACAGUUGAUGUCUCCAUUUUUCAUUACAAUAAGUAAUAAAGUAUUUCUAUUUGAUUUUUGUAUAGCUUUUUCUUUUUCAUAUUAUCAACUAAAACAAAUCACACUUGUGCCCUUAUUGUAUUGAGUGGGGGAGGAGUGUUUAUUCAUUCAUCAUUUCAUGUAUAUACUUUCUUUAAUGACAGUGUGAAACAAAUGAGGAUUUGUAGAUGUCUAAAAUAAACAAAUAUUCCCUGAUGUUUCAUAUUUCAAUGCUUUAUUAGCAGCCAUUGAUAAGUUGAUUCCUGAACUGAAA